AUGGAUUUCAAGUGGCUUAAUGAUCUUUCCACUGAAUUUGAGGGCGUUGGCAUUGCCCCAACUAAAGCCGAAAUCGUUGCAAUGAAGGCAUCUGUUUCUAUGCUCUGUGAAAAAGCAAAUCAUGAUACCGUUCAUUUCUGGGGCAAAGUCAAGGGAACAGAGCGCAAUUAUCUCAUCAUUGUUUGUUAUACAGGCGGACUUCUUGGAAAACGUACAGCUUAUGCUUCUCUCGAUGGCGUUUGCUGGUUCGGUCUUCCACUCGUUACAGACAAACUUAUUUCUCAUGUAACAAACAUACGUGGACCGCUUAAAGGCCAGCCACUUUUAAAGACAACAGUCCGUCAUCCAAGGAAAACAGAGGCAUUUAAAGAUCUUCAGCCUUUAGUUCCUCCAAAGCCACGUCAAGAAGAAGAGGAAGAGGAAGAAGAACAGAAAGAAGAGGAGCCAGAAAAUGAAGAAGAAGAAAAGGAGGAGGAAGAAGAAUUACCAGAAUACGAAGAUGCUCAGAUCGCAGAAGACCAGCGUCUUGCUGUUCUUGUAUAUCUUAUUGACAAGCGCGGUCUUAUCUUCCCACAAGAUGCUCUUCUUUGGAAAUCUACAAAAGAAGUUAAGUCCAAUCCAUUAUUCAAGGGCGUUGUUCCCGAUUCAACUCUUUUCGACUUUUGUCGCCUUGAUAAGGAUAUUCGUGGCGAAUCUCAAAGAGCUAACGGAAUUAUAGAUACAAUGCCUCCAUUAUCAGAAGACCUUCCACCUAGUGGAUGGAAGAUAUCUCAGGAUCCACACACUGGAACUGUUAGAAUUAAUUCAAAAGUUUGGCCAGGCCUUGUAUUUAUCUGCAAAGGAAGCAGAUGGGGCACUGUUUAUCUUGGUGAUGGCCAACGUAAUACUGACUACUUAUUCGCUGCAGAGUAA